GUCAACUCUUGAUCCCUGGGGAUAAGAUAACCAUCCCUUUCACAGCGAAUUCGCCAGCCAUGCUACUACGGCAUAGCGCCUCUAGGGUGCUAUUUCUUUUCUCUGCCUUUUUGCUCUGGACUUCAUUUGUGGUGGCUUCCUCCCCCGCGUCAUUCUGCAAGUGCACCUGCUUCUCCAACAGUACGAUCAUCCCUCUCGAUCCCGACUCUUCCGAACCGACGUCGGCCUUGAACGGUGUCUCCCACUUCCUCCGUCGCAGCGAUGAUGCAGCAAUCUUGGAUACAAGAGCGAAGAAUUAUCGCUCUUUGAACUGCAAUGAUUGUAACCGGAAGUUCUGCUUGGACUAUGAUUUGCCCACCUGUCAUGGCGCCAAAGAAGAUGAUGUCUUCACAACCUGUUUCCAGAGAGACUCCCGGAAAGACCAAGCCAUUGUAUUCAUGUUUAUCAUUGCUACUGGCAGUCUGCUUGCCUGGGCGAUCUUUAAGCCUUGGGUAGAGAAGUGGCUCGAGGCUGCGAGAGAGCGGCGAUUAUAUAUCCCAGUGUCCGAAAAUGCUGGUCGUUAGGGACACAUGUCAUAGCCAGAUCAUACACUAUCAUAGUCCGGUACCUUUUCACCCGGAGACCCAGUCCAGUCGCUCGAGGCCAUCGAAGCAGGCCAUCUGCGGCACCAGGGGUCAAAUGAAUCGACGUCACGGAUGGCCGUCAGGAUCGGAGCGCGACUCACGCUUGACAUGUGCUACCUAAUGCAUGCUUUGACAUAACAGCACAUGAGCAUAACAGCCCAAAUCUGCCUCCUCAUAAAGGCAAUCAUUUCUUGGUGAGCAUUACCUUGGCAAAAUGUACAGAUCGGCCAGUGCCUUCUCAGUUCAAGCAAUAUUCUGCAACCUUUUAUCUGAAGGGUUGCUAGUUGUCUGAUUGUAAAUACAAGAAGUAUAGAUUCAAGACCUACACAUUUCGAUC